GGAGAGACUAAAGCUGGUGACUGUUUUGGGUGCCGGACUUCUCUGUGGAACUGCACUGGCGGUCAUCGUGCCUGAAGGAGUACAUGCACUUUAUGAAGAUGUUCUUGAGGGUUUUGAGAUAAUAGGCAGUUAAAAGGUCUGCAUGCCAAAAGCAGAAGACACUGGGGAAGUUUUUCAUCAUGAACUUUAAGUUGAAGGAGUUUAUGAUUGGCUGGAUUCACUAUAGGAAAUGGAUGGUUUUGCAGUAAAGAAAACACCACCAAGGGAUUGAAACGCAGAAUGUGAUUGCAUCAGAUAAAGCAGAAAUUCCAGUUGCCCAUGAACACGAGCAUAGCCAUGACCACACACGGCUGCAUGCCUACAUUGGUGUUUCCCUCGUACUGGGCUUUGUUUUCAUGUUGCUGGUGGACCAGAUUGGCAGCUCCCAUGUGCAUUCUACUGAUGAUCCAGAAACAACAAGGCCUAGCAAUUCCAAAAUCACCACCACGCUGGGUCUGGUCGUCCAUGCUGCAGCUGAUGGUGUUGCAUUGGGUGCAGCAGCUUCUACUUCACAGACUAGUGUCCAGUUAAUUGUGUUUGUGGCAAUAAUGCUACAUAAGGCACCAGCUGCUUUUGGGCUGGUUUCGUUCUUAAUGCAUGCUGGCCUAGAGAGGAAUCGCAUCAGGAAGCACUUACUGGUCUUUGCACUGGCAGCACCAGUUAUGUCCAUGGUGACAUUCUUAGGACUAAGUAAGAGCAGUAAAGAAGCCCUUUCAGAGGUCAAUGCCACUGGAGUGGCCAUGCUUUUCUCUGCCGGGACAUUUCUUUAUGUUGCCACAGUACAUGUCCUCCCUGAGGUGGGCGGAAUGGGGCACAGUCACAAACCAGACCCCACUGGAGGGAGAGGCCUCAGCCGCCUGGAGGUGGCAGCCCUGGUUCUGGGUUGCGUCAUCCCACUCAUCCUGUCAGUAGGACACCAGCAUUAAAUGUUCAGGUUCCAGCUCAGUCCAUGGCCGUUUGCCGUCCAGUGAGAACAGCCGGCACGACAGCUGCUCACUUUCUCAGUCUCUUGUCUCACCUUGCCCAUCUCCACCUGUAUUCCUAGAGUCCGGAGGGAGGUGAGAUUAAAACCUGGGGAAAUGGAAAGCUUUUAGAGUAGAAACAACACAUUUCAAUUGGAUAUAGACAUUCCAUUGUGUUGUCUUUUAAAGGGCCCUGGGCAUUUUGAGUGUUGAUGUUUUCUCUUAGCCCUAUUCUCAGGGAAGAUGGAAUUCAAUUUUAAGUAAAAGUGGAGAACUUCAUACUCAGAAUGAAAUAGUAAUUAUGACAGUACAGUGUUCUGUAAUUAAGCUAAAUCUCUUAGUUUAGAGGCUCUGCCACUUUGUCCAUUGAUUUUUAACAUGGUUCUCACCGUGUAGAACUGGUGCUUUAGCAUCUGUGCCACAUGCCAUGAUAGAAGGUCUUAUGUCUGCUGUCUUAGAUGCUAAAGAUAACUGUACUUAAUUUGGGGCUAGAGUCAGGAAGAUGAUGGCAAGACACACUGAAAGUUGAUUUUAUACUCGAACGAUGUCCCCUGGUAAGGGUGCCUGGAGGACUUGAACACCUCCUUCUGCAAGGGCCUCUUUGCCGAGAGCCUGCCGUUCCACCAAAUGGAGCAGCAGCGGUGGACUGGCUUCUGAAGAGGUGGCUAGUAUUUAGUAGCAUUUCUUUUCAAGUUCUCCUUUGCAGAACACCUGCUUCCAACACAUUCUUAUGAGGAGCCAAGUUCUAGUAGGUUCAGGCUUAGGCUUUCCUUCAAGAACAGUCAGAUCCCAAAGUAUCUUUGGAAAUUAAGUGUUAAAUUUUAAGUGAAUUUGGAUAGUUGCUGACAUCUUUGUAAUAACCUUUUUAAAAGUAAGAUUACCAAAACCUAUGUUGUCCUUUUUCUUUUUUCUUUUUAAGUAUUUAUCUUAGCAGACCAGCAGUCCUUCUGGCAAAAUACUUGGUGUCUCUUGUGGGAUGCUCGGUCAGUGUCACCUAAGCACCUGUAGCAGUGAAGAAAGUCAAGAUGCAUCACAAAUGGGAAACGUUUGCCUGUUCAUUUAAAGCUUAUUUAAAUCAUGUCUUUUGUCUCUUCCAUCUUUUCUAUGCUUUUCUCCUAACUCUUCCCUCCAGUCCCUCCUCUACAAUUUGCUGCUUACUGAUGGUGGCGAUGUUAAUAUUUGUGUGAGUUGAGUUCGCACUAGGACAACCACUUCUCGAGCUGUGAUGAUGAAGAUAAUAUUGUCUCUGUUCCUUAUUCCCUUCAAUGAAGUUCCUUUGUGUCAAAUGCAGCUUUGUUAAGCCCUUAAAAUAUCACUUCCUCAUAGGUGACAUGAUACAAUCACAAAUAUUCUGAUAACUUAAACGAGAUAGUAAAAGUGUUUAACAAACUAGGAUGGUUUUUUUUUUCAUAUUUGCCAAUAUCCCUGUAAACCUUAUGUUAUCAAAUAAGUGUAUAAUAGUGUAUUAUUUAUUUUGAUUUUCUGUACUAUUUCAAAACAUUACAUAAAGAGGGAACCAGACUAUUUUCUUCAGGGCAGUGGAUUUAGGAGUUUGUAAAAUGUUUUAUACGAUGCAUAUGCCAGCAUGCCUAUGAUUUCUUUAUUUCCUUCCUAGAUUUGUCACUGGGUCAGCAGCUGUGGAAAUAGAACUCGAGAGCCCUCUGCUGGCUGUAGACCAAAGUAGCAUAAAUAGGAUUAGAUUUUGUGUAUUGGCUGGCAACCAUUGCUUAUUAAAACCAACAGAAGAUACAGUAUGGAAAGUUUAAGUGACUUUCCUGAAAACAACACUGACUUAUGAGAGUCAUGGGGUUCCACCUGGUCCUUCAAAAUGACAUGGUUGCCUUGAUUCUCCCUGGAUAUUUACUUUGUUACAUGAACAGCAUAUUUUAGUUUCUGGUUUAGAUAGUAGCACUUUCUAUCAUAUUAUGUGCAAUGAUGAGAAAUUUGUUCUGCUGGCCAAAGCAUCUUUCAGCAGUGCCUUGCCAUCAUGCUUAAAAGUUUGGCUAGUGUAUCGUGCUGGUUAAGCCUUGAACUCUGGCAAGGAUUGAACCAUCUGCCUUCCUCUCUGGACCUCACAUUAACAGGCAGACCUUUCAAGGCCUAUCAGCUUUCCGAAGCUGUGGGCUUCCCCAGAUUUUAAAGCUGCUGCCUCAGGAACUACUCAUUUCCCUCCUGGUCAGCAAACAGAAAUAGCCAUACUAACCUAAUAGGGCUCAAAUGCAUCUUCAGGCAGCAGGGAACCGAGCAGCGUGGCAGAGGCCUCCUUUCCCUGGUGACGGGACUUGCUCUUGGUGGGCAGUGUCCCAGGAGAGGCCACAUCGAUGAUCACUUAUUGACACAUUUCAGUUCCGUUUCUGUCUUGUUUAAGACUGCCUCCUUAGAUGUGGAUGCCUUAAUGCUCUCACACAUUUGAAAACAAUUGCGAUACUUAAAUGGCUGCCAUGAUUACAGGUGGAAUUACUGGCUACCAAAGAUGCAGUUGAUGAUGAAAAGCAUAGUCCUUCCUUCCUCAUAACCAAAGUUAAUCUUAAUUGCAAUUUGACUCUCUUUCCGUAGUAGGGAUAGACUUUCUUCAAAUUCCACAUACCCUCUUAAAUGGCAAAUUAAGUUGAAAAAUACUACUGAUCCAUUCCCCUCACUUGUUCUCCAGUGAAUUGCUUAUUAGAUCCUAUUUCUCCAAAGCAGCAAUGUUCCAGGUCUGGUGGCUUUCCUGUGCAUGCUGUUGCCAGAUUUCUUUUCUUUAGGCAAAGGUUCUGCACUGGAGUGUAGAUUUAGAAAUGGUACCAUCUACAUAGGCUGUGUUCUCUCUUUCCACCCCACCCCAAAUCACCUUUAUGUUUCCCUAUUCAAAUCAGCUGAGUUAGCCCUGUUCCUAUAUUUUGAAUCAUCUUUAGAAAAAAGAGAGAUGGCCAUUUUGAAUGGUCAGUUCUUUGCAGAAAGGAGAAAGUGUAAUUGUGUUUUUUUGUUGGCCUACUACUAAGUGUCACUGCCUGGUUUCUCUUUUUCAAGGAACAGAACUAGGAGAACACACCAGCAUUGAGUGUACUAAGCCCCGUAGACACAUGGUAGCUAGGUACUGAACACGGGAACUGUAUGUCAACAGCACAAGCCCCUAAAGAAUGUUUUUGUGGGGCCCUGGGAACCGUUGGGAGACUGAGAUUAAUGACCAGAUUCAUCCAAAACUGCCACAAUGCCAGGUGAGCAGCCUCUGUGGGUGUUCUACAGGGGAAUUACUGUUCAAUACAGAAUGGUUCUCAUCACCCAGAGAGUACUGUUGGAGAUGCUAUGACAUUAAAACCAGUGAUGUGGCCCCUUUGUACCCGAGACAUCUAGAUUCACCUCAGGAAACCUGAGGGAAGUGUGUGACUUGUAGGAAAGGACAAGACAACCAUUAGGAAUAUGCUCAGAUGUGCUCAGCCUAACAUAAGGAGAUUGGCUUUGACCUUUUUUUCUAAUAGCAUCUUCUAGCAAGUUGGGAGUGUCCUGAGAUAACACUGCAGUUCCCCUGGUUCAGUAGCCUGAACAAUGAUUUUAAAUGUCCCAUUUUCUGGGUCCUUUGUAAACAUGAAAUCAUUCCAUGGAUGGCUGCCUUAUAAUUUUGUCUCUUUCCACUUUAAUUGUGAAUGGUUAAAAAAUUUUUUUUGCUGUUUUCUGAUAUUAAAUUUUUAU